AUGGAAAUUUUGGCGAUGAAGAAUAAUUUCGAUUACACUGUUCUCAAAUCCACGAGAAAAUGGUGGUAUAUUCGAUGUAAGGAUGCAUUGUGCAACUGGACUGUGCGUGCAGAAGGUAUAGAUGGGUCUACAUAUUUCAUGAUCAACCAAUGUGAGGGAAGACAUUCAUGUGCUCCUUUAAAGAAAAGGAAAUUCGGAAAAACAGCAUCGGCAAGAACAAUUGGGACUCUGAUACAACAUCGAUUUGAUGAUGCAAACUAUGUCCCAAAAGCAAAUGACAUCAUUCAAUUUAUGAGAUUGGAGCAUAGUUGUGAGAUUACUUAUUGGCACGAUUGGAAAGCUCGUGAGUUUGCUAUUGCAGCUGCUAGUGGUAUACCAGAUCGCAGUUAUGCUAAAAUAUCAGCAUAUUUGCAUAUGAUUAAAGAAGCUAAUCCUGGUACGUAUACUCACUAUGAAACUAAUGAGAAGGGAAGAUUCAUGUAUCUAUUUAUGUCAUUUGGGAAAUCAGUUAGAGGAUUCUACAAUGCAAUACGAAGGGUGAUUGUCGUUGAUGGAACUUUUCUGAAAAAUAAAUACAAAGGGACACUUCUUGUUGCUACUGCUGUAGAUGGUAACUCUAAUUUGUAUCCGAUUGCAUUUGGGGUUGUUGAUUCAGAGAAUGACGAUUCAUGGGGGUGGUUCUUCAGACAGUUGAAAGUGGUUAUUACUGAUUGUCAAUACCUAGCUUUUGUCUAA